AUGCGCCUGCCAUACGCACUUUUCGCGCUCCUCCUCGCCGCAACCUCCACAUCUACAUCGACCACCUCCGAACAGCAACAAUUCGCUGAUGUAGCUUGGGACGACGAUAACUGGAUCCUCUCAACGCGCACGCUCGACCAAGGACAUUACCAAUCCCGGCUCUCCCUCGCCAACGGGUACUUCGGCAUCAGCGUCGCAUCAGCCGGACCAUUCUUCGAAACUGACAUCCAAGAUGGUGCAAAAAGCGUGAGCGGCUGGCCCUUAUUCACACAGCGCCAGACAUUUUCCACAAUCGCGGGCUUCUACAAUAACGAGCCCAAGCCCAACGGCACGAAUUAUCCAUGGCUCGAGCAGUAUGGCUGGGACAGUGUGAUUGCGGGGAUCCCGCAUUGGAGCGGGUUGCAAGUUGACGUCCAUGGGGAAAGACUCAAUGCUUCUGUUGAUCCGAGCAGCGUCGAGGGGUUUGAAGCGAGCCUGCAUGUCAAAGCGGGAAUUGCGAAUUGGCGGUUCGUGUGGAAACCAGCCGACGAAGAGAUUGAGGUCGAAUAUCAAAUGUUCGUGCAUAAGCUGCAUGUCAAUCAAGCGGCGGUUAGGCUGAGGCUUACGUCGACAAGAGAUGUGGAUGUCACGGUUUAUGAUGUGCUGGAUGGCGAGGGGGCGGUGAGAACACGGGCUGUGGGAAAGGGAUGUGAGGAGGAUACGCCGACGAUUUGGAGCGCAGUCAGGCCUGGAAACGUGGCGAAUGUCACGGCGUAUGUAUAUUCGACGCUGGGUAUGGACGAAGGGGCAGAGAGGAGGAAAGUCGAUGCUGGGACGUUCAACGCGGAUAACUCAACGAUCGCUCAGGCUGUGAGGAUCAGUCUAAAAGCCUCGAAGUCGCACGAGAUCAAGAAGUUUUUGGGUGUCGCGUCGAGCGAUGCAUUUUCGGAUCCGCAAGCAGUUGCGAAGCAUGCGUCGGUUUCGGCGGUUAAGAUUGGAUAUGAAGAAUUAUUGAGGGAGCAUGUUGAGGAGUGGACGACAAUUUUGACAGAGGAUUCGGUGGAUAGCUAUCAUUUACCGGAUGGUUCGCUGCCCGCGGAUCCGAAUAUUCAACAGCUUCAUAUCUUGUCACGGACAAAUCCUUUCUAUCUGUUGUCGCAGAUGAUUGGACCGAAUGCGAUCGCUGCGGCAGGAAACAAUUCGAGACUGGAUAUUGAGAGCCUUCCGGUUUGUGGAUUUGGAUCGGACUGCUAUGGUGGACAGAUCUUCUGGGAUGCGGACGUGUGGAUGGCACCAGGUGUGCAAGUCUCGCAUCCGCAGCAUGCGCAGAGAGUCAUCAAGUACCGCGUCGAACAUUUUCAGCAAGCGCGAAGGAACGUUGAAACAGCGUUCACGUCGAGCAAGAACCAGUCUGAUAGAUUUACCCCUGGCGGCGCAGUCUUCCCGUGGACGAGCGGACGAUGGGGCAAUUGCACUGGUACGGGAGCUUGUUUCGAUUAUGAGUACCACAUCAACGGAGACAUCAGUCUGGCGUUCAAUAACCACUUGAUCAUUACUGGAGACAGCGACUAUUUCAAAGACACGCUGCUGCCUAUCUCGAAUGCAGUGGCUCACUUCUACUCGCAAGCGCUGGACUUCAACGAGACGUCGGGCGCCUACGAACUUUGGAACGCUACCGACCCAGACGAAUAUGCAAACAUGGUCAACAAUGCUGGAUAUACGACUGCUUUGAUACAACGGCAUCUGAUCGAGACAAACGAGUUUAAUGCAUGGUUCGGUCUGCCCCAGAAUUCUACCUGGACUGAUAGGGCGGCCAAAAUGAGAUUGCCAAUCAACGACAAUGCUGGCAUAAUCGUUGAGUAUACUGGCAUGAAUGGAUCUGUCCAAGUCAAGCAAGCAGACGUUGUGCUUGUCGAUGAUCUACUCCAUUAUCCGAAUCCGUACAGCUUGGCCAAUUUGGACUACUACGCCGGCAAACAGUCGCUAGAUGGGCCUGCUAUGACGUACUCGAGUUUCGCAGUUGUUGCAAACGAGGUCUCUCCAUCUGGAUGUUCAGCACUAACAUACAAUCUUUACUCAUCUUCGCCAUAUGCUCGAGCUCCGUGGUAUCAGUACUCUGAGCAGCUAGUUGAUGAUCCUGACGACAACGGCGGAACACAUCCUGCAUUUCCAUUCCUGACGGGUAUGGGAGGAACGAAUCGCGUCGCAAUCUUUGGAUACCUAGGCCUAGGGUUAUACUAUGAGAGUCUGGAUAUCGACCCAUCACUGCCGCCGCAGAUCGAGUAUCUCAACUAUCGCACCUUUUACUGGAUGGGCCACGGCAUCAACGCCACCUCGAACACAACUCACACCACACUUGCUCGCCUGCCACGCGACAUAUAUACCCUCCCCUCCGCAAACUCAACAUACUUCGACAAGCCCAUCCCCGUCACAAUCGGCACCCGCAACAACCGCAACAACCGCACCCUCUCCUUGACCUACUCGACCCCACUCAUCGUCCCCAACCGCCUCAUCGGCCAAACCCUCACCGUAGCUAACAACAUCCUGCAAUGCGGCACCCUCCUCCCUCCACCCCAAGACAAUCAGCCUGGCCAAUUCCCCCUCGCCGCCAUCGACGGCGCCUCCAGCACAAAAUGGCAGCCCGUCUCCUCCAACACAACAUCCUACCUAACCGUCGACCUCGGCACCACCUACCACCUUAUUUCCUCCAUAAUGAUGGACUGGGCGAAUCAACCACCCGCCUACUUCGAAAUCUCAUUCACAAACACGUCGCUCCCGCCAUUUACUCCCGCUGAUGAUGUCAGGAUGCUCGCGUCCGGGCAGGUGAGCAUUAGCGCGCCCUGGGAUCCGGUGAAUGCUUUCGAGAUUAGGACUUAUGUGGGUAACCAGACGAAUGUUACGCUCGAGGAGGGGGUGUGGAGUGGAAGGUAUGUGCAUUUAGGGAUUAAGGGGAAUCUAAUGGGGAAGGGGGUGCAGGUUGGGGCGACGGUGGCGGAGUGGAAUGUCGUUCGAAAGGACAGAGGGGUUGAGGGGAAUAAUAGAAAGGAAAGAAUAGAGUUGUAG